AAUUCCUGACCCUAAUUUCCCAAUCCAAUACCAUUUCUCCUUAGAUCCCUAAUCUCUUCUGAAAUUUCGUUUAAUUAUUUAAUAUUCUCACCGUCCAAUAUUAUUUUUCCCCUUUUUCUUUUUUUAUAAUCUUUGAAGCUCUCUUUUCGGUUCUCGCUGCAUAUUCGAUUUCGAUUGUCAAUUUUAUGGAUGCUUUAUUGUAUAUCUAUACGAUUCUCUCUGUUCUGAUUGAUGAUUUAGUUGAUCUGUGGUGUCUCAGGCCAAUCAUGAGUGACGAAGGAGAAAGAACUUGUCCUCUCUGUGCUGAAGAGAUGGAUUUGACAGAUCAGCAAUUGAAGCCUUGCAAAUGCGGUUAUGAGAUCUGUGUCUGGUGCUGGCACCACAUAAUGGACAUGGCUGAGAAGGAUGACACUGAGGGGCGAUGCCCCGCAUGUCGAUCUCCUUAUGAUAAGGAAAAGAUUGUUGGGACAGCUGCAAACUGUGACAGAUUGGUGAAUGGAGUUAAUAUUGAGAAAAGGAUGAAGACUCAGAAAACGAAGUCUAAAUCAACUGAUGGGCGUAAGCAGCUCAGCAGUGUGCGAGUGAUUCAGAGGAACCUUGUUUACAUAGUUGGGUUGCCUCUCAAUCUUGCAGAUGAAGAUCUUCUUCAGCGAAGAGAGUAUUUUAGUCAGUAUGGGAAGGUCUUAAAAGUGUCAAUGUCUCGAACAGCAGCUGGUGUCAUUCAACAGUUUCCGAAUGAUACCUGCAGUGUAUAUAUAACUUAUUCAAAGGAAGAGGAAGCAAUUCGUUGUAUUCAAAAUGUACAUGGUUUUGUUUUGGAGGGUAGACCUUUAAGGGCUUGUUUUGGAACCACAAAAUAUUGUCAUGCAUGGCUCCGGAAUGUGCCUUGCAGCAAUCCGGAUUGUCUGUAUUUGCAUGAGAUUGGCUCUCAAGAAGAUAGUUUUACCAAGGAUGAAAUAAUUUCAGCAUACACUAGAAGUCGAGUUCAACAAAUCACUGGUGCCACAAACAAUAUGCAACGGCGGUCAGGGAAUGUAUUACCUCCUCCACUGGAUGACAAUAUGAAUAGUUCAUCUGCAAAGCCUAUUGUUAAAAAUUCUUCAAGUCAGAACUCUGUUAGCACUGUAAGAGGUUCACCUCCAAAUGGAAUAUAUGGGAAAAAUAUGGCCCUUCCUACUAGUGCUGCAUGGGGUACUCAGGUCACAAAUUGUCAGCCCCCUGCUGGAGGUCUAUCAUAUCCAAAUGGGCCAUCCAAGCCAAAACCUGAUACAGGCAGCAGCACACUGGUAUUUUCUGCAGCUGUUACAGGCUCAAUUCAGGCUUCUGAUGUUACAAAGAGGCCACCAUCGAGUAAUGGGAGUCAUAGUAUGACACCUAGAGUGAAAAGUGAAUUGUUGAAACCUGUCAAACAAUAUAACAAUAGUGUGGACAGUCUGGUUAGUGAAGGAGAAAAAACUUUAGCUUCUGAUGUUUCUCCUAUGCUUGUGAAUUUGAACAGGCAGUUGUCUCCUCUACCGUUGUCCCGAGAUAGUGAUGGAAAUUGUACUACAGCAAACACAAUAAAUUCUACUAACAUGAUUGGACAGUCUUGUAACUUUGGUCUUGAGGAAGCAAUGACUGCUACCAAUGAAGAGAUUCAGAAUUUGUCCAACGAGUUGUCCUCAAUUAACAUUGAUAGAAAUGCCGAACAUUGCGGUAUAACCAAACCUAAUAAUAGCCCACCUACUGAUCAUGCAUUGAUUAAAUCUCCUCAAAUUCAAGGAUCACAGUAUAAUGUUGACAGAUUUAGAGAUGAAAUAACUACAGAUGUGGCUGGUAAAGCUACCUCAGAUUUUUUGGUUUGUAAUUCUACUGAACAGUGUGAUUGGAAAUUGGAUUCUCAAUCUCUAGUAGUAUCAGAUACUGCUGAAAUUGAUGAUGAUGUGACAUCUUUUGAUAAUCAAAGACUCAAGGAUCCAGAAGUUGUUUGUCGUUCUUAUUUUCCAAAGUCAACCAGAUUCCUGCAAGCAUCAAACCAUUCUAGCCCUUGUCUUCUGCAGCAUGGUGAACCUUGUACUGCCAUAAAUGCAGGUUCUGUAUCUGCUGAUGAUAGAGUUCGAGAUGAAUCUAUGUUACAUGCAUCCAAUAUAUUAUGUAAUGGUCACCCUGAAAAAUUGGUCAGCAGCAGCUCCUAUGGUCUGCUUCAUGAUGAAAGAAAUGGGCAUAUCAUUCAAAGAUUAGUUGGUGAAGCAGUUAAUUCUGGACAUGAUAUUGCUAGGGAUAAAGGUGAAAGUAGUAUAAUUUCUAAUAUAUUGUCCAUGGACUUUGAUACCUGGGAUGACUCACUAACAUCACCUCAUAAUUUAGCGAAGUUGUUGGGUGACAAUACUGAUAACCAGCCUGGUCCUUUAAACAAAUCUAGUUCUUGGAAAGGUCACAGUAACAAUCAAUCAAGGUUUUCUUUUGCAAGGCAGGAGGAAUCCAAAAUCCAAAUGUUUGAUCCACAUGCAUCUUAUGGUGUCAGCCAUCAACGGCCAAACCGUACAGUCUUCCUGAAUUGUGCAGAAAGAGACUUGUAUAUGGAUAAGUUGGGCAUUGCAAAUGGAUUUUCUACCAGUAACUUUGAGGAAGCUGAAAAUAUGGUCAGUGGUCAUUCCAUUGCAUCUUCUAAUAAGUUUUCUGCCAUCUCAAGAGCACAAGUUUCAGCCCCGCCAGGAUUUUCCAUUCCAAGCAGGUUGCCACCACCUGGUUUUUCUUCCCAUGAGAGAGUGGAGCAGGCUUUUGAUUCCAUUUCUGGGAAUUCUUUGCUUGACCAUUCUUCCCUCUUGAGAAAUUCAUAUCAGACACCUUCAGCUGGAAACCUUGGUAGUGCAGGGGACAUUGAAUUUAUGGACCCUGCUAUUAUGGCAGUUGGCAAAGGGAGACUUCAAGGUGCACUGAACAGUCCGGCACUGGACAUUCGAUCUAAUUUCAUGCCACAAUUAAAUUACUUUGAAAAUGAUGCUAGACUACAAUUAUUGAUGCAAAGAUCUCUUGUACCACAGCAAAACCUUAGAUUUUCUGAAAUUGGGAAUACUUUUUCUCAACUUGGUGAUUCCUAUGCUGUUUCUUCGAGGUUAGACCAAUCACAAGUCAGUAAUCUAGGCCCAUUCCAACAGCUGUCUCUGCAGCAGUCUACAAAUGCCGUCUUGUCUAAUGGGCAAUGGGAUGGGUGGAAUGAGGUGCAGAGUGGAAAUGGUUUGGGUGUGGCUGAGCUUUUGAGAAAUGAAAGACUUGGAUUCAAUAAAUUUUACUCAGGAUAUGAUGAUUCAAAAUUUCGGAUGCCAAAUUCUGGGGAUCUUUACAACAGAACAUUUGGGAUGUGACCUUUUGCUAGUUAUGUUGUCAUUGUAUGGUUGGAAAUGGUAAAACCUAGCUGAAAUGGACAAACAAUUUUUUGUGUUGCUGAGGAUGAUGGAACUGAUUCUUGCUGGCGUGUAUUGGGCUACCUAAUGAUGAAGCUCCCAAGAAGUGUAAUUUAUGGCUACAGUUGUUCUGGAUUAGCAGAAGUGAGCUGUUCUGGGAUUAUAAGAUAUCAACUGUCAGUGCUGACGUGAUCAAACUGGCAGGUGGAUCUUAGUGUUUCCCUCAUAGUACAGAGCAUGGAAACAACAAGAUCGGUGUUAUUUAUUGUUUGUAACUUACCUUUUAGAUUAACUACCCUUGUGGGUAGAAGUAGAGGUUUGAUUCGACUGGUAAAGGGAAAUUGUUUUGAAAUGGAUUUAGAUGCUACAGUUUGAUACUCUGAUAAUGGGGGUAUGAAAUAGAUCGCUUUAUAACUUGAAAGGUCCAUCAUCCUUGUGAUAUGAAUGAAAUACCGUUGCGCUGUUAUAGCUUCUGGCCAA